GUUUUUACAGUUAUUUAUAAUUUUUUCGCUAUAAUACCAUAUAUUUUAUGACAGAAUGCUAUACUUGAUGUGUGCAUUUGGUUUUAGAUACACACAAUAGACUUUUUCAACUUGCAAAUGUAUGCAAAUUGCUGAAUACGCAUGUAUUCAUACUUCAAAGCAAAGCUUGUUAAAUAAAAAAUAAUUUUCGACUUAAUAUCUGCGUACAUUGCUGGAUUUCUGAAGGGGGCAUGGAUUCUACCAGAGGGGCGUUCCUUGAGAUCGUUGCACUCAAGUCUCGACAGUCGAAAGCACAAUAUUUGAAUUGCUAUGGUUAUAAUUAAGGUAGUUAUAUUGUAACUAUCUUAAAUACAGAGCACAUUCGUCGAUCAGGGAUCUACAUGUUUCAGAAAUUAAUUGUCUCCGCAGCCAAUGAACACCAAAUAUAGCAUAGCAGAAGAAAAUUGUCAGGCUGGAUACGCUACUGGUCUAAAUAGUGAAAAUAUAUCAUUAUGAAGAAAAUAAGAAUAGCAUAGAUUCGUGGUCAAGCUAUGGAUUCACCAUUUUGACAAAGCUUUUACUGUACUUUACAAAAACUGCCUCUGAAGAACAGGAAAAUGAUUUCCUUAAAGAAAAAAACUAUGAAGAUUUUGAUGGCUGUUGCAAUUUGUACUCUUUAUUUGUUUACACAAGAAACACUUUUCUAUACAGGAAGCUCCAAAGUCCAGUUACAAAUAAAGCAAAAGUUCGUCCGUGAAACAGAGUAUCGAGAAAUGUGGAGUUCAAAUAGGAUGUACAAGCGACGAAAAAAUGUAACAAAAAUCUUGAACGAUGCUUUUCUAAACAUUGAGAGAGAAGGAAAGUUUCCCGAAGACGAUCCGUGCCCAUAUUUGGGUGUGCGUAAGCCAAUCAGGGGGCAAAUGUAUCCAAACGAUUAUUACGACAUAACAUGCAAGCCUCAUAGACCCGAUGUGAGACACUGUGAAUUAGCGUACGAAAUCUAUGGCUCAGCCAGUGAACAUUCACCAAGACAAUGUUCGGAAACAAAAUAUGAAAGUCUAUGCAAAAUCAGUGCUGAUAAGAGUGCAGCAGGUUUCAGUCUAGAGUGUGAUUGGUCGACUUGUUUCCCGCGAAAGCCAUACAUUGGGGAGAUGAGCUCAAGCCAUGGAAAAAUCGUUCGAUGGGAAUAUUCCCCUAGUGAUGCUAAAAUAGAAGAAAUCAUUCACCGUAGCAUGGAAAAUGGCUUUAAUUUUGUGUUUUUGCAAUGCGGUAGCUUGAAACAAGUGUUGGUGUUACCAAGAAAGCUAUGGUUGUCUUCCAGAAGAAAGCAGGUCAAUAAGAAGAUAAACAUAAAUAUCGUCGUAAUAGAUUCAGUUUCCAGACCGCACUUCUAUCGCUCAAUGCCACGGACCAUUGAAGCAUUUCGUCAAGUGGUGUACGACGACAGCAUACCGGCGACGGUUUUAGACUUUGAACUGCUUCAGAGUAUCAGUCAACAUACAACAGAUAAUUGUAAACCUCUGUACUCUGGAGUUACCACAUAUACUAAUCAACAAUUUAAUAGUACAAAGAGAAAGCUGGGUAAGUCGCUCGGUAUACCUGUACUAUUUGGAGAAUACAAGAAAUCUGGAUAUCAAACAUUGUUCCAAGAAGAAGGGUGUUGGUAUGAUAGAUAUGGUCUGACGUUGACUGACAUGGAGAAAUACAAGACUCCCAGUCACAUGAGAGAUUUUUCCAAGAGAUCCCAGCGACUCGAGAAUUCGAAGUUACAAAACAAAUUUACCCAGGUGGAAAGAGCUUAAUAAUCGAUGGAAGCGCUACUACAUUGACGAUUAUGGGUUGACUCAUUUUGGAUGUGAAGUUCUUGACAAAUAUGGCAUGACUAACGAUUUC